GUACCUAGUAUUUUUCCAUGUGAUGAACAUACAUUAUUCAAUUUAAAAAAUAAUUUCUUCGCUACUUUUGAUUUAAAAUAUUUUUUCAAAGAGCCGAUUUCAUGUUAUAAAAAUCGGGUGGGUAACUUCCCAAGGCAUGGGCAGUUGGGGAGUGAAAGCAAAAAUAAGAGAGGCUGUUAAGCGCACGUCAACCAACACCUUCCUCACACUAAGAGCUUCACUUUCUCUUCAUCAUAUCUCCCAAACCACAACUCAUCAUUCCCUGCUUUACAAUGACCUGCCCAAGCCUACACAUGCCUUGUUACUCAUCAAACCUCAUCCGCUGCUGUCAGCAUCUUUUUCCUCUCGUUCUUCCACUGCCUUCCAACUGUUCAAUGAAAUGCCUCAUAGAGACAGAGGCUUCGAACAGGCCCACUUUUGUCAUGUUAUUUAUUUCAUUAAGUCUUUUGCUGCAAGACCCACCAACGUGACUGCCAGCAUCGCCCAUUGUUUAGCCUUCAAGAUGGGUGCUCUUGCUCACUUGCCCACUUCCACCUCUCUCCUCACUGCCUAUUCAAGAGCUGCAGAUUUCAGCUCUUCAUGGGCUCUGUUUGAUGAAAUUCUUUACCGGGAUGUGAUUCUUUGGAAUGCUAUGAUCACUGCCUCGGUUGAAAAUCAGUGUUUUGGAGUUGCAGUGAAUUUGUUUGUGGAGCUGAUGGGAGAAGGGGUUGGGCUUGAUUCAACCACCUUGUUGAUUGUUGUGUCAGCCUCAUCCCACAUGGGUAACUUGACACAAGGCCUAGUUCUUCAUGGUAUAAGCUUCAAAACUGGGUUGCUUUCGGAUUCAUUUUUGUGUAAUGCGCUCAUAGACAUGUAUGCAAAAUGCGGUGAAUUGAGCUCAUCAGAGUGUGUGUUUGGUGGGAUGGAAUAUAGGGACAUAAUCUCUUGGAAUUCAAUGAUGAGAGGAUGUGCUUAUAAUAAUUAUCCUGAGAAGUCCUUGUGGUAUUUUAAGAAGAUGGCUUAUUCCAGCGAACAAGCUGAUAAUGUGAGCCUGACAUGUGCUGUCUCAGCAUCUGCACUUCUGGGACAGCUGAGUUUUGGGCAAGUCAUUCAUGGGUGGGGAAUCAAAUUGGGUUACAAAGACAUAUCUCAUAACUCUUUUGAGAAUUCUCUUAUUUCACUAUAUUCACAAUGUGGAGAUAUCCAGGCUGCAGAGAUAUUGUUUAAAGAAAUGAAAUACAAGGAUAUCGUUUCAUGGAAUGCAAUGCUUGAUGGAUUGGCCUUGAACCAGAGGAUUUGGGAAGCAUUUGAUCUUCUCCAUGAAAUGCAAUUAUUGGGGUGUGUUCAACCUGAUUCAGUUACUGUAGUUACCAUCAUUCCACUUUGUGCAGAGCUAAUGCUCUUGAGAGAAGGGCGGGCUGUUCAUGGGUUAACACUUCGGAGAGAAAUGGGAUUGGAUUUUUCAGUUACUAACAGCCUGAUUGACAUGUACUCAAAGUGCAAAGAUGUGAAGAGGGCUGAGCACGUGUUCAAGGCCAUUCCAGAAAGAGACUUGGUCUCAUGGAAUGCGAUGAUAUCUGGGCAUUCCCAAAAUGGGCACAGUAGAGAGGCUCAACAUUUAUUUAGACAACUGCUCCAAUCAUAUUCACAGUGCAGCUUGUCAACUCUUUUGGCAAUUCUCCCUUCCUGUGAUUCCUCUGAAUUCCUGCAGUUUGGGGAAUCCAUUCACUGCUGGCAGCUGAAAUUGGGAUUUGCAAACAAUCCUCUAGCAGUUAAUUCCCUCAUGUUAAUGUAUAUUAAUUGUGGAGAUCUUGUAGCCUGUUUCUCAUUGCUACAAACAGUUUCAGCUGCAGCCGAUAUUGUUUGUUGGAACACUGUCAUGGCUGGUUGCACUCAGAAUGGCCAUUUCUGGGAAGCUUUAAAAGCUUUCAACUUAAUGAGGCAGGACCCUGAUGUCUGUCAUGAUUCUGUUGCCCUCUUCAAUGUUAUAUCAGCUUGUGGAAAUCUUGAGCUGUUGUUUGCAGGGGGAUCACUUCAUUGUCUUGCCCUUAAAACUUUAAUGGAAUCCGAUAUUCGUGUACAGAAUGCAUUAAUUACUAUGUAUGGAAGAUGUGGGGAGAUUGAGAAUGCAAGAAUAAUUUUCGGGUUCAGUUGCAAUCGCAAUUUAUGUUCAUGGAAUUGCAUGAUCUCUGCUUUUUCUCAGAACAAGGAUGGUAGAAGAGCGCUAGAACUAUUUCGUCAUAUUGAGUUUGAGCCAAAUGAGAUCACCAUUGUUGGCAUUCUCUCAGCUUGUACACAACUUGGAGUUCUAAGGCAUGGGAAACAGAUUCAUGGUCAUGUGAUUCGGUCUAGGUUACAGGGAAAUAGUUUUGUAUCUGCAGCGCUUGAGGAUAUGUACAGCAACUGUGGAAGAUUGGACACUGCCUUUCAAAUAUUUCAAAGUUCACCUGAAAGGUCAGUUGCAGCUUGGAAUUCUAUGAUAUCUGCAUUCGGGUUCCAUAGCAAUGGUGGGAAGGCGAUUGAACUCUUCCAUGAAAUGCGUGAGUGUGGAACUAGACCGACUAAAAGCACUUUUAUAAGCCUUCUAUCAGCUUGCAGCCACUCAGGGCUAGUCAAUGAAGGCCUUUGGUACUAUAGCAACAUGUUGGAGUUGUUCAAUGUGGAAGCAGACACUGAGCAUCAUGUGUGUAUGGUUGAUAUGCUGGGUAGAGCAGGAAGGCUUGGUGAGGCCUAUGAGUUUAUCAGGCAGAUGCCAACUCAACCAGAACCAGGUGUCUGGGGAGCCCUGCUGAGUGCUUGCAGCUAUCAUGGGGAUCUCAAGAUGGGGAGAGAAGUUGCAGAGCUUCUCUUUGAGCUGGAGCCUGAAAAUGUCGGGUAUUACAUUUCACUGUCGAAUAUGUAUGUUGCUGCAGGAAGAUGGAAAGAUGCUGUAGAGUUGAGGAGAAUAAUACAGGACAAAGGCUUAAAGAAGCCAGCAGCUUACAGUCUUAUUGAUGUUGGAAUGGGGUGAAGAAAGCCGAAGAGAAGUCAUGGAUCAGGAAGGGAACUCUUCCCAUCUUGAAAGAAGUGGCCAUAUAGCUCCAAUUUUGACAGGACAAGACAACAUGACCCCAAAUGAAUACAAAUACAUUUUAAUGGAUUUGAGUCAAGUGUAAGUGUGCUUGUAUUAAAUGAGUUAAGAUCAUUUAUUAAAUGGAUCAUAUGAUAAACACAUCCGGGUAGUCCGACAUGAUUAUUAGCUUGCGUAAAUUUCUUACCUUAACAUACCAUGAAUGACCUAACACAAUUAUUCAA